AUGACUAUGGCGGGCUCCGCACCAAGUCCACCUUCGCUGCCGCCCGUCUCUGAGACAGCUGCUCUUUCUUACGUGCAGCCCAUAGCUGUCUACGGCCCUGGGGGGGGCCGCAUGCGCCUUGCUGCUCUCUUGGCGUCGUGCGCUGCUGCUACGUUCAUAGGCAGGCAGGUGACAGUAUGUGGGUGGAGCCGCAGCAUCCGGAAGCAAGGGGGCGGCAGCCUGUGCUUUGUGGUCUUGACUGACGGCAGCUGCGCUGCCAACCUCCAAGUGGUGGUCAACAAGACCAUCCCCAAGUUCGACGAAUUGAUUAAGUGCGGCGUCGGCUGCUCCUUCAAGUUCUGCGGGCGGGUCGUUGAGAGCCCAGCCAAGGGGCAGCCCAUAGAGCUUCAAGUUGCAGAACCAGAGAGAGGCGACUCAAUUACGAUUUUGGGGACUACAGAUGCGGCAAAGUACCCGUUGGCCAAGAAGGAACAUAGCCGCGAAUACCUUCGCGAAAUUGCCCACCUGCGGCCCCGCACGCAGCUGAUGGGCGCAGUGGCCCGGAUUAGAUCCCAGCUAUCCAUGGCUACCCAUCGCUUCUUCCAGGAACGGGGCUUCCAGUACAUACACACCCCCAUCAUAACGGCCUCAGACUGCGAGGGGGCGGGGGAAAUGUUUUCCGUCUCGACUUUGUUGCCGGAAGAUCCAAAGAAAGCAGUUCCAGUUAACGCCAAGGGGGAGAUCGACUACGCCAAGGACUUCUUCAGCCGUCACGCCUACCUCACGGUGUCUGGACAGCUUGCGGUGGAGCCUUACUGCUGCGCUCUCGCCGACGUGUACACUUUCGGCCCCACUUUCAGGGCAGAGAACAGCCACACCAGCCGGCACUUAGCCGAAUUUUGGAUGGUGGAGCCAGAGAUUGCCUUCGCGGACCUCCAGGACGAUAUGCAGUUGGCUGAGCAAUACGUAAAGUUUUGCGUGAAAAGUUGCCUCGACAACUGCAGCGGAGAAAUAGACUGGUUUGAGAAGAACCAGGAGGAAGGACUGCGAGCUCGCUUGGAGAACAUUCUGGCUGCGCCGUUUGAACGGCUUACUUACACGGAUGCGGUGGUUCGCCUACAGCGUGAGGAGGCUGAGGGACGGGUCAAGUUUCAGGAGAAGGUAGAGUGGGGCAUGGACUUGGGAAGUGAGCACGAGAGAUAUUUGACAGAACAGCUUGCAAAGAAGCCAGUCAUUGUGCAUGACUAUCCUAAGGACAUCAAGGCCUUCUACAUGAAGCAGAAUGAAGACGGAAAGACAGUGAGGGCCAUGGAUGUGCUGGUGCCGAAGAUUGGAGAACUAAUUGGCGGAAGCCAGAGGGAGGAAGAUUUGGAAAAACUCGACAGAAUGAUAAAGGAAAAGGGGCUUAACCUUGACAGCUACUGGUGGUACAGAGAGUUGAGGAGCUACGGCACGGUGCCGCACGCUGGCUUCGGCCUGGGUUUCGAGAGGCUCAUCAUGCUUGUCACUGGAAUCGAAAACAUCAGAGAUACAAUCCCCUACCCAAGAUACCCAGGGCACGCAGAGUUCUAA